GGUGAGACAAUCGACCUCGACGGCUUCGGCGGCGACAUUGAGACCAACGAUGGCGAGAAGACGACCCUCAAGGAGCUCGUCGACAAGAGCAAGGCCGGCGUCGUCCUCUUCACCUAUCCGAAAGCCUCGACUCCCGGAUGCACCAAGCAAGCCUGCCUUUUCAGAGACUCGUACGAGCCCCUCACCAAGACGGGUUUCGCCAUCUACGGCCUGUCCAUGGACUCGCCCAAGGCCAAUACCACCUUCAAGGAGAAGCAGAAGCUGCCUUACCCGCUGCUCUGCGACCCCAAGGCCACUUUGAUUGCUGCCAUUGGCUUGAAGAAGCCGCCCAAGAGCACCCAGCGCGGCGUCUUUGUCGUGGACAAGGCCGGCGAGGUCCUCAUCGCCGAGCCCGGUAGCCCCGCGGGCACCGUCGACGUCGUCACGGCACUGAUC